UUUUUCAUUAGUGUUAUCCAUCACUCUUGUAUUUGAUCUUGGACUGCAGACAUAAUUCGUGAAGGGAGGUUAUCUUUCAUUCGUCAAAUAAGAAAAUGGCGUCUUAUACUGUAGCACGUCUUUUAUCCAAAAAUACCGGUAUCUUUAAGAAUUCAAUCGCUCGGUUGCAUUUAUAUAGGGCUAGCACGCAAUUAACUUGUUACGGAAAAUUAUUCGAUCGUUCGAGGCAAAAUGUCGUACCAUUAACAUCUCAGGGCAUUGAAGAGCUACGAGUCAAGCAGGUGCGCCUCUACAGCAUGAAACCUCCAAUGUCGCUUGACCUGAUUCGUCAGCGGGUGCUUUUAUUACUCAAUUUGUAUGAUAAAAUUGAUCCCAAGAAGUUAACUUUGGAUUCUCAUUUUAUAAAUGAUUUGGGUCUUGAUUCUUUGGAUCAUGUAGAGGUUAUUAUGGCUGUAGAAGAUGAAUUUGGUUUUGAAAUUCCUGAUAUGGAUGCAGAGAAGUUAUUAACACCUGGACUUAUAGUCCGCUAUGUCGCAGAUAGAGAGGAUGUUUAUGAAUAAUAGAAUAUCUUUACGAGAUUACAUUAGUAAAAACUCAUUAUUAUUUGUUAAAACAGGUAAUGAUCGCAAUAUCUUUUUUUAUCUUUGCUCGAAGAGUAACUGAAAUACCUGUUUUUCUGUAUAUAGACCAAUGAUCAUUAAAUAAAUAAGAUAAUCUAAUUUAUA